CGCGCACUAAUCCUUCUUCUCACGGGGGCGCGCUCGGAUCAUUGCUCAGCUCGUUAGCGUCCUCCCGUUUGAGAAAGAGGGUGCCUGUCCAUCCAUGUUCCAGCCGCGAUCCAUGCUCCUGCAAAAGCCUCAACUACUCCAGAGCUCUGAGGGAUGAAACGUAAAAGAGCAUUGUCCUGUGUCAACCAUGAGUGACCCCCCCCUCCCCUCGUCCACGCUAGUGUCUCUGGCCCGCUCUCUGUCUGGGAUCGGGAUUGACUUAACUAAUGGAGAUACCCUCCCCUCUUCAGACCGGAGCAACUCCCCUCCUCCGGUGACAGGCAUUGAGUUGGGCCCGGGGCUCUAUUUUGCUGAUGGGAAGCGUAAAGUGGACUACGUCCUGUCCUUCAAGUGCAAGAAGAGACGAGCAUCCAAGUCACGCCUGUCCAUCGCGUCCAAUGGCAGCAUCCCCUUCCCGGGCACCAGGUCUGAUGAGGGGGAGUCCGGAGAAUGUGCCACCACGGUUGACCCGGAAGAGCAGAGGCUGACGGAGGAGGAGAAGGUGCUCAUGAGGGAGGAGUUUGAGGCUCAACUAGUGGAAGCUGGGCUGCAACUGGAGAGGGACAAGGAGAGGGCACAUGGCAUCAGGUUCCUGCGCCUGCACAUCCCCUGGCCCCUCCUCAGCCGCGAGGCAGAACUCCAGAAGAUUAAAGUUGCUGUCAAAAAGAAGUGUGACUUGCGUAAGCGCACAGGUAUCGCUGGUGUGUGGGAUUACAUUAUAGCCAAAAUGUCUACUCCAUUCCAACCGGAUGUCCCUGACCUGGAGAUCCAGAGAGACCCCCAGACCCGCAUCCGCUUUAAGACCCUCAAACACGCCUUCAUCAGGGACAAGCUCCACCUGUAUGACAUCAAAUCUACAGAGACCCUCUUUGACAACGCCACGCGCAGCAGAAUAGUGGCUGAGAUCAUUUCUCGUAUUACUUGUACACAAACUUGCCAAACCACUGGUAUCCAAUCAUUACUGGCUCGAGGAGUAUAUGAGUCUGCCUUCCCUCUACAUGACGGGUCAUUCACCAGGAGGGGGCGCAGGGACCAGCGCAAUGACAGACAGAUUCUCCAUGAAGAAUGGGCCAACUAUGGAGUAAUGUACAAAUACCAGCCUGUGGAUCUGAUCAGAAAAUACUUUGGAGAGCAGAUUGGCCUAUACUUUGCAUGGCUGGGAGUAUAUACUCAGCUCCUCAUCCCUCCCUCACUGCUCGGCAUCAUCGUCUUCCUCUAUGGCAUCUUUACUGUGGACUCCAACAUUCCCAGUGAGGAGACCUGUAAUGACAAGCUGAACAUCACUAUGUGUCCUCUGUGUGAUGGCGUCUGUGACUACUGGCAGCUCAGCUCUGUGUGCUCUUUGGCCAGAGCCACGUACCUAUUUGACAAUGGAGCCACCGUCCUCUUCGCCAUCUUCAUGUCUCUGUGGGCUGCAUGCUUCCUGGAGCACUGGAAAAGGCGUCAGAUGUAUCUGAAACAUGCCUGGGACCUGACCAGUAUGCAGGAUGAGGAGGAGCGUGUGCAGGAGGAGCUGAGGCCAGAGUACGAGUCAGCUUUGCAGGAGAAAAGAGACAAGAUGAAAGCUCAGACCAAAGAAAAGGUGAAAAAUGCAUAUGAGCUGGAUGGUGAGACAGAUCGAAUGCUCUUCCUUCAGCAAGAGGUUGAGUCACUGAACAUUGAAGAUCAUCUGUGUGGAUACCUCAUCAAUGUGUCCACGUUCAUUUUUUUGAUCCUGGUGACCUUCUCUGCGGUUGUGGGCGUGGCUGUGUACCGGAUCUGUAUGCUGAGUGUGUGGUCCAUGAACCCAGACCCUGAGGCCAAAGCCAGUGUCCGCAUGACGGUCACCACCACUGGGAUUGUGGUCAACAUGCUGGUGGUCCUGGUGCUUGAGGAGGUGUACGGAGCCAUCGCAGUCUGGCUGACAGAGCUAGAAAUCCCCAGGACAAAGGAAGAGUUUGAAGAGCGUCUCAUCUUUAAGUCCUUUUUCCUCAAAUCCAUGAACGCAUUUGCACCGAUUUUCUAUGUGGCCUUCUUUAAGGGCAGGUUUUCUGGGCGCCCUGGUGAUUAUGUUUACGCUUUUGGUGAUUAUCGCAUGGAGGAGUGUGCCCCUCCAGGCUGUUUGAUUGAGCUGUGCAUCCAGCUCAGUAUGAUCAUGCUCGGGAAACAGCUUAUCCAGAACAACAUCUUUGAGAUCCUCAUACCCAAAAUGAAGAAGAUGUACAGAUCAUUCCAGGAGCAGAAGGGGGCGAGGAAAGCAGCAGAGGAGGAGGAGAAUGAGGCGGAGGGCAAAAGACCAAAGCAGCAGUACCACAAGGACCACACGCUGGAGCCAUACGAGGGAGUCACCCCCGAGUACAUGGAGAUGAUUAUCCAGUUCGGGUUUGUGUCUCUUUUCGUGGCCUCCUUCCCUCUGGCUCCAGCCUUAGCUCUGCUCAACAACGUCAUUGAAAUCCGACUGGAUGCCUCCAAGUUUGUGACGGAGAUCCGCCGGCCAGACGCAGUCCGGUGUAAGGACAUAGGGAUUUGGUACCACAUUCUGAGUGGAAUAAGCAAAUUUGCUGUUAUUACCAAUGCGUUUGUGAUCUCCUUCACAUCUGAGUUUGUGCCGCGGAUGGUGUACCAGUACAUGUACAGUGUGAAUGGCACUAUGGCGGGCUACACCGAGCACUCGCUGUCCUACUUCAACGUCAGCAACUUUGCCCCAGGAUCUGCUCCCACCUCCACUCUGGUCACCGGAGUGUCCAUGUGCAGGUAUAAGGACUACAGAGACCCUCCUUGGGCACCUGAAGCAUACACCUUCUCUAAACAGUACUGGGCAAUGCUGGCUGCCAAACUCGCCUUUGUAAUUUUCUUCCAGAACCUUGCCAUGUUCCUGAGCCUGGUGGUGGCGUGGAUCAUUCCCGAUGUGCCACGCUCACUCCGGGACCAGCUGAAGAAGGAGAACAUGAUGCUGAUGGAGUUUCUGGUGAACCACGAUAAAGAGGCGCGCGACCGCAGCCCCAGGCUCUCCCCAGGGUCCAUGCCCAACAUCCAUGUGAUUAUAGAGCCUCCAGCUGAAGACCAGGAGGACGAGAACGUGCUGGAGGAGGACACACUGAGCUUUGGCAAUGACUACAUCCACCCAUCAGACAGUGACCCAGACAUAGUCAAGUCAUUCGCUGAAGCAGCAGAGGAGCAGCCAGGUCACACGGAGCCAUCACAGGACAGUACAAUAGAGCAAGACACUGGAAGAAACAGAGAAGAGGACCAAACACAGGAUUGUGAGGAGACAAAGGAGCAAGAGAAAGAGCAUACAGAGAGGGAAGAAGACGAGAGUACAGAAAACCCUGAGGCUGGAACAGUGGAUCUAGAUGCUCUGAUGACAGAGCUGGGUAUGUCAGAUGAACCGCCUUUGUCCAGCACAGCAGAGCCUCCUCACUCAGCCUCCACUCAGCAGCUCCAGAGUGAGCCCCAGAGUGAGCCCCAGUCCCCUGUUCAUGUCCCAUCUAAAUCCAACUCAUCCCACAGUCUGCAGCCCUCCAGUUCACCAUCUGACACCUCUGACUGGAAACCCUACACCUUGAUCCACCCUCCUCCUCCACGAGCAAAGGGUCGCUGCUCCACCCUGCCUUCCCGCCACCAAGGGGUUCAGGCGUGUUACAGCCUGCCCCGGCCCACCUACUCCAGCAGCCUCUCCAGCAGCCUCUCUAGGCUGCAGCAGACCCCUACUCCUUUGCUCCCACUGGGCCCAGUGUCCACACCAACACAAGCCCCAGAGCAGGCCUCGAGGUCCCCAAGCUCUGGCCCCCUCCAGACCAGAGGCUCCACUGAACUGUUCUGUUUGAAAGGACCCCCACCCCAGGCCCCACGCUCCAGGGCUAAGGGCCGCUGCUCCACUCUCCCUCCCCGACAGAGACCGCCAGGGCCAGAGGAGCAUUGCACCAGACCCACUCAUUCUACCAGCUUAUCCUCACUGGGAGAGUGUGUGCCCCCCUCUCCCAGUGAACUGAAGCGCAACACCCCUGUUUGAUAGGCAUACUAGAGGU